AUGGCAGAAGAAUCACGCGACGAGGGGCAUGAAAGAAAUCUAGAAAUACCAAGAAAAAGUAAAGAGAAGGAGGAGAUGUCCAAACUGAAGAAAACUAUGGAGAAGAGUAUGAACGAACUCAAAGAACUUCUAUCCGGUUUGACUAUACCGAAGAAGGUUCGUCAGUGUGACCUUUGUGAUGCUACACGGCAUCAGUUUGAAAACUAUCCUAACUUCGACGAGGACAUUGUUGAUGUUAAUGCUAUCGGAGGGCAUGAUGGAAAUCCACGCAAGUGUGAUCCCUUUUCAAACACUUACAAUCUAGGAUCAAGGGAUCAUCCUAAUUUUCGGUGGAAGCAAGAUGGUCAACCCCAACAGCAGAACAACAUGGGAGUACCGAUGCAACAUUCCCAGUAUAAUCAGAACCAACAUCAACAACAGUACCAAAGGGAGGAUAAGGAAGAAGAGUUGUUGGCUGAGGCUGAACUGAUCCAAAGAAACCUGAAUAAAAGUGGUGAAGAUCUAACCGCUGAACAAGUUGGAGGUAGUAAUCUGACCGACGCACCCUAUCCAGGACGCCUGAGACAGAAAGCCAAAGAGAAGGAAGCAAGUGAAAUGAUGAAGAUGUUCCAGAAGGUGGAGUUAAGCAUACCCUUGCUCGAUGCUAUCAGACAAAUUCCAAAGUAUGCUAAAUUCUUGAAGGAUCUUUGUUCAAGAAAAGUGAAGAUGGAGGAGGAAGUCCGCUAUGUGAUGGGAGAAAGUGUCUCGGCGGUGAUCCAACGGAAGUUACCCACAAAGCGGAAGGACCCAGGAAUGUUCACCAUCCCGUGUAACAUUGGUGGAACAAACAUGGAUAAGGCCAUGAUGGACUUAGGAGCUUCCAUAAAUGUGAUGCCAUUGGCCGUUUACAAGAGAUUGAAUAUUGGGGAGAUGAGAAACACCCCUGUGGUCAUACAGUUGGCCGAUAGAUCCAACGCCUAUCCUGAAGGAGUAGUAGAGGACGUACUGAUUAAAGUUGGGGAUUUGAUCUUCCCAGCUGACUUUUACGUUCUGGACACCGGUCCAGAAACUGGAGAGAAUGCUAUACUAUUGAGAAGACCAUUCAUGAUGACCGCUGGAACCAAAAUUGAUAUGAAAACUGGAAUUUUAACAUGUGAGUUCGAUGGAGUCCAGGAAGAGUUCAACAUCUAUGAAACCAUGAAAAGGAAGCAAGCAAUGGAAACGGUGGACAUGAUUGAUGUGUUUGAGCAUUUAGUACAAGAACAGGGAAUUGGUUAUGGUUCUGGGGAUACCACAGAGAAAGUAAUUCAGUAUGGCCUGACUGAUCGAGAUGCAGAGCAUAUGGAGGAUGAUGAGAUGAAGGAAGCCAUCAUGGAGCUUUACUCUCUCCGAGAAAGUACUCUGGAAGCCGAGGUGGAAGUAGAUCAAAGGAUCAAGGAAUUAAUUCAGGAGGUCUAUCUAGUUGGAGGUACAGAAACAGGCAGACCAGAGUUAUUGGCUCAGUAUGGACAGGACGAGAAGCUGUUACCCUCUAUAGUGAAGGCACCCGUACUGGAACUCAAAAAGUUACCCAAGCAUUUGCAGGAAGCCAUUGGUUGGACCUUAGCUGAUAUCAAAGGCAUCAACCCUAUGGAGUGCAUGCACCACAUCUAUCUGGAGGAAGGAGCCAAACCUGUCCGAAACUCACGAAGAAAGAUGAACCCUGUCAUGAAGGAGGUGGUAUUGAAAGAAAUUCUCAAGCUGUUGGAGUUAGGAAUUAUUUACCCCAUAUCCGAUAGCCAAUGGGUGAGCCCCGUUCAUGUCGUACCGAAGAAGUCAGGAAUACAGGUUGUUGAGAAUGAUCAAGGCGAGAUAGUACCCACCCGUUUGCAGAUAGGAUGGAGAGUUUGCAUCGAUUACAGAAAGCUGAACGAGGCAACAAGGAAGGAUCAUUUCCCACUACCCUUUAUUGACCAGAUGCUCGAAAGAUUAGCUGAGAAUUGUAUUGAAGUCUUCAUGGAUGACUUCACCGUCUACGGAAACUCAUUUGACACUUGUCUAAACCAUCUAGAGCUCGUGUUGAAGAGAUGUGUGGAGAAAAGCCUGGUUCUUAACUAUGAAAAUUGUCAUUUUAUGGUAAAAGAAGGAAUAGUGCUGGGUCAUGUGAUUUCGGAGAGGGAAAUCGAAGUGGAUAAGGCGAAAGUCGACUCUAUCGGCAAACUGCCCUACCCAACUACAGAGUCGUUCACAGUUUUGAGAAGCAAGUUGGUGUCAGCCCCUAUUAUCCAACCUCCGGUCUGGGACUUACCGUUCGAAAUCUUGUGUGAUGCCAGCAACCAUGCAGUUGGAGCAGUACUAGGGCAAAAGAAAGGAAAGGAGAGUUGCGUAAUCUACUACGCAUCCAAGACCUUAAACCUAACACAGUGCAGUUAUACCACUACCGAGAAGGAGCUCUUGGCAGUUGUGUUUGCCAUAGAAAAGUUUCGUUCCUAUCUUUUGGGAACGAAAGCGAUUGUCUACACGGACCAUGCAGCUUUGAAAUAUUUGAUGGCCAAAAAGGAGUUCAAGCCUCGGCUUAUCAGAUGGAUCCUGCUGUUGCAAGAAUUUAAUAUCGAGAUAAGAGACAAGAAGGGGGAAGCUAAUCUAGUGGCAGAUCAUUUGAGCCGGUUGCCACUGGAAGAAGAUGACGGUAUGCCUAUUACCGACACAUUUCCAGAUGAAAAGCUAUACUCUGUAUACACCCAUACAGAAGGAGAAAAGUUGUAUGCCCUAACCAACCAGGAGCCUUGGUAUGCUGAUAUAGCUAACUACCUGAUCACUAAGGAGCUACCCCCAGAGUUGAUAAGGUUCGAGCAAAUGAAGUUACUUGUACAAGCCCGAUUUUACUAUUGGGAGGAUCCAUACCUGUGGAGGAUUGGAUCAGAUCAAGUCAUACGGAGAUGCAUACCAGAGGAUGAGCAUUCCCAAAUAUUGGAUAUGUGUCAUGGAACAACAUGCAGUGGGCAUUUUGGAGGAAAGCGCACGGCUCACAGGAUUUUAGAAAGUGGAUUUUACUGCCCAACUAUAUUUACAGAUGCAUGGAAGUGGGUACAGAGUUGCCCGAAGUGCCAGAUGACUGGAGUGGAUUACGUGUUAAAGUGGGUCGAAGCCAAGGCAACUGCAAGCAAUGAUGCUCACACCGUGGCCGAAUUUUUGAAGGAACAAGUGUUCGAGAGGUAUGGUAUACCCAAGAUCCUAAUCAGUGACCAAGGAUCGCACUUCUGUAAUGCCACCAUCAAAGCACUGACCAAGAAGGUGGGAGUGACACACAAAGUCACCACAACAUAUCACCCCCAAGCAAAUGGUCAAGCUGAGAUUUUCAAUAGAGAGAUAAAGAGCAUUUUGGAAAAGGUGGUACACCCAAACCGCAAGGACUGGAGUAACCAUUUGGGAGAUGCACUGCUUUCAAAACACCCAUAG